UCGGCCGCGGCCGCUCGCUGAAGAACCUCCGAAUACGAGGGCGGAAUGACAGCGGCGAGGAGAACGUCCCGCUGGAUCUGACCCGAGAUCCUUCUGAUAACUUAAGAGAGAUUCUCCAAAAUGUGGCCAAAUUACAAGGUGUAUCAAAUAUGAGAAAGCUGGGCCAUUUGAAUAACUUCACUAAGCUUCUUUGUGAUAUUGGCCAUAGUGAAGAAAAACUGGGCUUUAAUUAUGAAGACAUCAUAAUUUGUUUGCGCUUAGCUUUAUUAAAUGAAGCAAAAGAAGUGAGAGCAGCAGGGCUGCGAGCGCUGCGCUAUCUCAUCCAGGAUUCCAUUAUUCUACAGAAGGUGCUAAAAUUGAAAGUGGACUAUUUAAUAGCUAGGUGCAUCGACAUCCAGCAGAGCAAUGAGGUGGAGAGGACACAAGCACUUCGCCUAGUCAGAAAGAUGAUUACUGUGAAUGCUUCCUUGUUUCCUAGUUCUGUGGCCAACUCACUAAUUGCAGUUGGAAAUGAUGGCCUUCAAGAAAGAGACAGAAUGGUCCGGGCAUGCAUUGCCAUUAUCUGUGAACUAGCACUUCAGAACCCCGAGGUGGUAGCCCUUCGAGGCGGACUAAACACCAUCCUGAAAAAUGUGAUUGAUUGCCAAUUAAGUCGAAUAAAUGAGGCCCUCAUUACUACAAUUUUGCACCUUCUUAAUCAUCCAAAGACCCGACAGUAUGUGCGAGCUGAUGUAGAAUUAGAGCGAAUUUUAGCACCCUAUACUGAUUUCCACUACAGACACAGUCCAGAUACAGCUGAAGGACAGCUCAAAGAAGACAGAGAGGCACGAUUUCUAGCCAGUAAAAUGGGAAUCAUUGCGACAUUCCGCUCAUGGGCAGGUAUUAUUAAUUUAUGUAAACCUGGGAACUCUGGGAUCCAGUCCCUAAUUGGAGUACUUUGCAUACCAAAUAUGGAAAUAAGGCGAGGUCUGCUUGAAGUGCUCUAUGAUAUAUUUCGUCUCCCUCUACCUGUUGUGACAGAUGAGUUCAUAGAAGCCCUGCUCAGUGUAGAUCCAGGAAGGUUCCAGGACAGUUGGAGGCUUUCAGAUGGCUUUGUGGCAGCUGAAGCAAAAACUAUUCUUCCCCAUCGUGCUAGAUCCAGACCAGACCUCAUGGACAAUUACUUGGCACUGAUACUUUCUGCAUUUAUUCGUAAUGGACUUUUAGAGGGCUUGGUUGAAGUGAUAACGAACAGUGAUGACCACAUCUCAGUUAGAGCGACCAUCCUUUUAGGAGAGCUCUUGCAUAUGGCAAACACAAUUCUUCCUCAUUCACAUAGCCAUCAUUUGCACUGCUUGCCAACCCUUAUGAAUAUGGCUGCAUCCUUUGAUAUUCCCAAGGAAAAGAGACUCCGAGCCAGUGCAGCCCUGAACUGUUUAAAACGCUUCCAUGAAAUGAAGAAGCGAGGACCUAAGCCUUAUAGCCUUCAUUUAGAUCACAUCAUUCAGAAAGCAAUUGCAACACACCAGAAACGGGAUCAGUAUCUUCGAGUUCAGAAAGAUAUAUUUGUUCUUAAGGAUACAGAGGAAGCUCUUUUAAUAAACCUUAGGGAUAGCCAAGUUCUUCAACACAAAGAAAAUCUUGAAUGGAAUUGGAAUCUCAUUGGGACCAUUCUUAAGUGGCCAAAUGUAAAUCUAAGAAACUAUAAAGAUGAACAGUUGCACAGGUUCGUGCGUAGACUUCUUUAUUUUUACAAGCCCAGCAGUAAGCUGUAUGCCAGUCUGGAUCUAGACUUUGCCAAGUCCAAGCAGCUCACAGUUGUCGGCUGUCAGUUUACAGAGUUUCUUCUUGAGUCUGAAGAGGAUGGGCAGGGGUACUUAGAAGAUCUCGUGAAAGAUAUUGUUCAGUGGCUCAAUGCUUCAUCUGGGAUGAAACCUGAAAGAAGCCUUCAGAAUAAUGGUUUGCUAACCACCCUCAGUCAACACUACUUCCUGUUCAUCGGAACACUCUCUUGUCAUCCUCAUGGAGUCAAAAUGUUGGAAAAAUGCAGCGUCUUUCAGUGUCUUCUUAAUCUUUGUUCCUUGAAAAACCAAGAUCACCUGCUGAAGCUCACUGUUUCUAGCCUAGACUAUAGCCGAGAUGGAUUAGCUAGAGUCAUUCUUUCAAAAAUCCUCACGGCAGCUACUGAUGCCUGCAGAUUGUAUGCAACAAAACAUUUAAGGGUUUUGUUGAGAGCUAAUGUCGAAUUCUUCAAUAAUUGGGGAAUUGAGUUACUAGUUACUCAACUACAUGAUAAAAACAAAACAAUUUCUUCUGAAGCUCUGGAUAUUCUUGAUGAAGCUUGUGAAGACAAGGCCAAUCUUCAUGCUCUUAUUCAGAUGAAACCAGCCUUAUCCCACCUUGGAGACAAGGGCUUGCUCCUCCUCCUGAGAUUUCUCUCCAUUCCAAAAGGAUUUUCCUACCUGAAUGAAAGGGGUUAUGUAGCAAAGCAACUGGAAAAAUGGCACAAGGAAUACAAUUCAAAAUACGUUGACUUGAUUGAGGAACAACUUAAUGAAGCACUCACUACAUACAGGAAGCCUAUUGAUGGUGAUAAUUACGUUCGUCGGAGUAACCAAAGAUUACAACGACCUCAUGUCUAUCUGCCCGUACACCUUUAUGGACAACUGGUACACCAUAAAACAGGCUGCCAUUUACUGGAAGUGCAGAAUGUUAUCACAGAACUCUGUCACAAUGUUCGUACUCCAGACUUGGAUAAAUGGGAAGAAAUUAAAAAGCUGAAAGCCUCUCUUUGGGCCUUGGGAAAUAUUGGCUCAUCGAAUUGGGGGCUUAAUUUGCUACAGGAAGAAAAUGUGAUUCCAGAUAUACUAAAACUUGCAAAACAGUGUGAGGUUCUUUCCAUCAGAGGGACCUGUGUAUAUGUUCUUGGACUCAUAGCUAAAACCAAGCAAGGCUGUGAUAUUCUGAAAUGUCACAGCUGGGAUUCUGUGAGGCACAGUCGCAAGCAUCUGUGGCCGGUGGUUGCAGAUGAUGUGGAACAGCUCUGCAAUGAGCUCUCGUCUGUCCCAAGCACACUCAGUUUAAACUCUGAGUCAACCGGCUCUAGACAUAACAGUGAAAGUGAGUCCGCACCGUCAAGCAUGUUCAUACUGGAGGAUGACCGGUUCGGCAGCAGCUCUACCAGUACAUUCUUUCUUGACAUCAAUGAAGAUGCUGAGCCAGCAUUUUAUGACCGACCUGGACCCCUAAAGGAAAAAAAUCCAUUUCCCUUUUUUGCGUCUAGCAAACUUGUAAAGCAUCGUAUCUUAAAUUCACUUACUUUGCCGACUAAAAAACACCGCAGCAGCAGUGAUCCAAAAGGAGGGAAACUUUCAUCUGAAAAUAAGACAAGCAACCGGCGAAUCAGAACACUUACAGAGCCCAGCGUUGACUUUAAUCACAGUGAUGACUUUACACCUAUCUCCACAGCACAGAAAACAUUACAGCUAGAAACUUCUUUUGUUGUGAAUAAACACCUUGAAGACACUGGCAGCACUCCAAGUAUUGGAGAGAAUGACUUAAAAUUCCCCAAGAGUUUUGGUACAGAGAAUCACAGAGAAAACACAAGCCGAGAGAGGCUGGUUGUAGAAAGCUCAGCAAGCUCACAUAUGAAGAUCCGCAGCCAGAGCUUUAACACAGACACUACAACAAGUGGCAUAAGUUCAAUGAGCUCAAGUCCCUCUCGAGAGACAGUUGGUGUAGACCCUACAACUAUGGACACAGACUGUGGAAGUAUGAGUACUGUGGUAAGUACUAAAACAGUUAAGACAAGCCACUAUCUGACGCCACAGUCUAACCAUCUGUCUCUCUCCAAAUCAAACUCAGUGUCCCUGGUGCCACCAGGUUCUUCUCAUACGCUUCCUAGAAGAGCACAGUCCCUUAAAGCGCCCUCCAUUGCAACAAUAAAAAGUCUAGCAGAUUGCAACUUCAGCUAUACAAGUUCUAGAGAUGCCUUUGGCUAUGCUACGUUGAAAAGAUUACAGCAGCAAAGAAUGCACCCAUCCUUAUCGCACUCCGAAGCUUUGGCCUCCCCAGCAAAAGACGUAUUAUUUACUGAUACCAUCACUAUGAAGGCUAACAGUUUUGAAUCCAGACUGACCCCAAGCAGGAUCGAUUUUAAAAAGAAGCAUGUCGGGGGAAUCAGGAGCUUAAGACCUACAAUAACAAACAACCUUUUCAGGUUUAUGAAAGCUUUAAGUUAUGCAUCAUUAGAUAAAGAAGAUUUAUUAAGUCCUAUUAAUCAAAAUACCCUGCAGCGAUCCUCCUCAGUUAGGUCCAUGGUAUCCAGUGCUACAUACGGAGGUUCCGAUGACUACAUUGGACUUGCUCUUCCAGUAGACAUCAAUGAUAUAUUUCAGAUAAAGGAUAUUCCUUAUUUUCAAUCAAAGCAUGUGCCACCAGAUGACCGAGGUGCGAGAGCGUUUUCCCACGAUGCAGGAGGUCUUCCAUCUGGAGCUGGCGGUCUUGUAAAAAACUCCUUUCAUUUGCUACGGCAGCAGAUGAGUCUCACGGAAAUAAUGAACUCCGUUCACUCAGACGCUUCUCUGUUUUUAGAGAGCACAGAAGACACUGGACUGCAGGAACACACAGAUGACAAUUGCCUUUACUGUGUCUGCAUUGAAAUUCUGGGCUUCCAGCCCAGUACCCAGCUAAGUUCAGUAUGUAGUCACUCAGACCUUCAAGAUAUUCCGUAUUCUGAUUGGUGUGAGCAGACAAUCCACAAUCCCUUAGAAGUGGUUCCCUCCAAGUUCUCAGGGAUUUCUGGGUGCAGUGAUGGUGCGUCUCAAGAAGGCUCAGUCAGUAGCACCAAAAGCACAGAGUUGCUACUGGGUGUGAAAACCAUUCCAGACGAUACUCCAAUGUGCCGUAUCCUGCUUCGUAAAGAAGUGCUAAGAUUAGUUGUCAAUUUGAGCAGCUCGGUUUCUACCAAGUGUCAUGAAACAGGGCUUUUGACAAUUAAAGAGAAGUAUCCUCAAACAUUUGAUGACAUAUGCCUUUAUUCUGAAGUUUCUCUUUUGUUAUCACACUGCACAUUUAGACUUCCGUGCCGGAGGUUCAUACAAGAGUUAUUUCAGGAUGUACAAUUUUUACAAAUGCAUGAAGAAGCAGAGGCUGUGUUGGCAGUUCCACCAAAACAACCUGUAGUUGAUGAAUCUGCUGAAUCCUGACCUCAUAUUUAUGAUGUUUAUAGCUAGAUACGAUAUAUUUAUCCAUACUUGUGGACUUCCUAAAGGCCUCACAAGACACUGACUGGCUGUCAGUGAGACAGAGUAUCUUCUGACGCUGUCCCAGCAGUCCUUGGUACAGAACAGUUGCAACUGCUGACGUCCCUAACCAAGCCGACUUCCUCUUCCCUUUGGGGUCCUUCUUGGGGUUCGUGAUUCAGUACCACAGUUUUAAUUUAGUUGCCACCAUAUUCAAGAGCCAAGCACUGAAUAGCUACAUAGGUUUUCUAUUUUUUUAUUUUAAAAGCAUAAUGGCAGUGGAAUAAAAGCAGGACAUGAAGAAGCACCCUCCACACAGUUAUUUCUGACUGCUUUUUAGUUAAGGGUGAAUUAAAAAGAUGCCUUGUUUGUUAAAUAAUUCGUGGAAGCCAGGAGUCACUGUCUCUGAGGCUGCGUCCUGUUAUCCCAUAGGCUGUGCUGUAACUGACGGUAUCAGAGGGUAAUCAUUGGCCCUUCUACAUUUCCUUAAUGUUUGUAACACUACUUCAGAGGUUUCUCACCUCGGAGCAGAAGAAGAGCCUCAACAAUUGGAACUUAAAAGUUAUUUUAUGUUGCUAAAUGCAUAAAGAUGCUCCUUGUUUUCCAUCUCUUCAGGUUUGUUGUAGUAUGUUGUUAAAGGUUACUUGUACCAAUUAAGGUUUUUCACUACAGUUGUUGAUUAAAGUAAAUAGUUCAGUUGAAAUACUUUCCAUAGUCCCAUCUCCAGAGUGCAAAUAAAUAAAUAAAUGGUUGGAUGGAUGCCCAGUGUACCUCCAUGCUAAUCAGCUCCUCUCAUCACCACUUUAAACAGAUUGAGCAAGUGUUAGUAGUCUGGACCCCAAGCAAAGCAAAGCAUUAAAUGAUACUUCCAAUCUCUUAAAUAAAAAACAAGUUUGCCUGAAAUUUAUACAUUCCAUGUAAAAAUGAUGAGCCAUAUCUAAAAAAGCAUUAUGCAUCGUUGACACACAUUAAGAUUAAAAUUUGUGGUGAAAAGCCUUAAUUACUAAAUUUUACAGCAGUGAUAAUGCAAUUUUUGUUAGUGUUCUUGUUUUGCACAAAAUAAUGUCAGUUAUAGGUGAACUGAAGAAUACAGUCAUUGCCUUUAUCACAUUUGUGAAGUUGAUGAAGGCAAGGUUUUGUCUGUCUAAUUUGUGUAUGUAUAAAGAUAUUUGAAAAUCUUUACAUAAAUUAAACAUAUAUGCAAAUUUGUACAUAAAGUAGCAUGAACAUCAUUGCUAGAAUGCUUGUAAGUAAAAGGGUUAUCUUUUUUUUUGAAAUCAUAUAUAUAGAAAAAGAACAUCCAGCUGGACUGACUAGGACCCUUUUGUAAUUCCUUUGUGUAGCUCGUUUUUAGAGUUACACAUCAGCUUUAACACCGCCAUAGCCACCAGUCCUUAUCUUCCCAUGUUGCACACCCUUUUCAUAAUGGGCUUGUUUGCAAGAUCUCUGUAGAGUAGCCUGUGAACUAGGAGACAACUCACAGAGGCUUUUUUUAAACUGGCACUGAAAGUUCCCACUAGGAUGAAGCAUUUCAUCUCCCUUCCCAACUCCUCUUUGACUGCACUUCAGCAAGUUGUUCGUACAUGCAUUGUGUAGCAACUUCAUGAUGAUAAAGCAGACAAGGGCUCUAAACUGCUGCUCAUGUUACAACUCAGAAAAUUCAGUGAGAGUAAAACUUCAAGCUUCAUCACUGAACCCAAGCGUCUAUUUAAAUGUCAACAGUACUUCUAAGAGCAUUGCCUAUCGCCUUGGUCUUUGGUCUUGGGUAAUGAAACUGCCUUUCCAGAGAACCAAAUGUCAGAGAUACUAGACCAAAUAGUGGUUACAAUUCCAAAGGAAGGAAUGUAGUCUUACUCAUAAUGGGAUUAACAUUUUAGACAUUCAUUUCAACACUACCUCAGUUAACAUAGAGUAUAAAAUCUGUGGUUUCAUCCCUCUAAAAUAACAGUUAUUAUUUUUGUUUGUGUUUCAUCACACAAAACUGUCCCCAGCCUUGCACACCUAAGUCAGCCAUCCUGAAAUUAAGGCUGUGCCUAGUGUCCUAAGCAGGUUCUUUGUUUUGUUGUUUUGUUUUGACUUUUGACUGUUACUUUGAAAAGAUAUGUGUAUGUAUCAUCAUCUGCCUAUAGCACUUACUUUGGGAAGAUAUCAGAGUUUUGUGAUUAUCAGUAUAUUUGAGGAAAUUAUCUAUGUUUAAAUUUAUAGUGCUAUUUGGUUUAACCAUGGUUUCACCGAGAGGUGUAAUACAUUUCCUUUAAGUACUUACUUGUAUAAAAGUAGACUUUCAUGAUGAAAACUACAUGCAGUGCCAAGUGAUUAGUGUAGGCGUUUAAGACAAUUAAAUUAUAGCAGAAGAAGUUAGGAAUGAUGUCAAUGGUAAUAGAAAUCAUUGAGAAAAUCAACUAUAAAUGAUAGAUAUUACCAAAAUAAUGUCAAUACAGUAGUUUUUCAAGAGUUUAGAAUUAAUCUUAGUCAUAUAAAUUUGUACUGUUCGUAAUUAUUUAAUAAUUUGGAGGAGUUUGAACAGUUAAGCUGGUUGUAAACUGUGAAUUUCUAACUGUAAAUUGUCAUUUCUAAUUGAAUUUUUUUGAAGAACAGAUUUCAGCUUCACAUACUAAGUAAAUACUGACAAAUAAGGAGAAAUUUAGUAUUUAUAAGGAAAUAGGCUCUAAAUUUUCUUAUCCUUUUUUUCUGUUGUGGUUAGGGUAUAUUGGAGGAGCAAAAUGUUCUCCCUAACUUAAGUGUUCCUAAUAGAAUAAUGAAUAGACAUCCCAUAAGACAGUGAUAUUGCAAGGAAGUGCGUGCAUUCUUGCUAUGGUGAUGUGGCAAAGUCACUGGGAGGUGUGUCUCCAGCAGACAUGUCUUCAGCCGUAUUCAAAGUCACUGGGAGGUGUGUCUCCAGCAGACGUAUCUUCAGCCAUGUUCCACUCUUGUCCAGUGCUUGAGAUGGGUAAAGCUGAAUUCCAUGUUACCAUGGCCGAGUGUUCAAAGUGGGAUAUCACUGUGUAUUUAGAUUUGUCUACUGCUAUUUAUAGACAUUUUUAUUUCAUUCCUUUCAGAGGAUGCCUUUUAUGCCCCAUAUCAAAGCACAGAUCAUUAAGCAAUAAGAAACAAAAUUGUCUGUCAUUCAAAUUAUAAUUGCGAUUAUUCUUGUGUGGUAAGAGUGAGGUGCUAAUUUUGUGUGUGAAGAAUUUGUGACCACUUUGGAAAUAUAUUUUGGAAGUAAGGUUUUUUUACCCUUCCUUUAGACUUUUACUUCCAUUUUGUCUCAAAUUCACAAUCCAUGAAAGAAAAGUAGAAUUGUUUGAGAGACUUCUAAGAAAAGCUGCUUGCAAUGUAUAUUUCAGAUUUUCCUAUGUGUGGGUUGGCAAAGGGCUCCAUUUUCUCUGUAUAGACAGAGUCUGUUGUUCCCAUCUUAACUUUGAGAGUUUCACUACACCAAGUCCCACUUCCAGGUGUGCCAGUGAACUCGAGGGCAGUGCUUACAAAGGACACAGAAGUCUGCACAGGGUCCCCGGGGGUGUCUCAUUUCUAGUACAUUUAUACGACUCACAGAAUGUGGGAUUUCUCCUCUUUGGAGUAUUUUUAUAGUUAGGUGGACAGCUCUGCCACAGAUGCAUGGAUUGCACAUUUGACUCUGUAAGACACUUAAUAUGAAAAGUUAUGCCAAAAAGGAAGCAUAUCCUACAAAAAUUUUCCCAUUUAACUAGGUUGGUUUAGCACAAAAUGCAAAGUCUUGGGGCAGAGAGGGAGUAGUGAAAAUUUUUUAUGAACAAUUAUUGAAAAAUGCUCCAUUACUGGCCUGUCAGAAACCCUAACAAUGCAUUGUGAAACAGAUGAUGUAAAUUAAAUUAAAUUAGCUUUGAAAAGUGGUAAGGGAUGGUAAAGAGAAUCUUAGACUCAAUGCUCUCUGACCACAUGACCUUUUUUAUUUAGUAAUACGCUGCUACAUUUUUGGAGGUUCUGGUGUUUGUAGGUCACUGAACAGACAUUGAAAUCUGAUUUAUAUUGUAUAACUGUAACAUAGAAAGAAAAAGUAUUUAUAUAUUUUCCUUAAGAAUAUUUCAUUGAGUUGUAUAUAAUUUAAAUAAGAUAUGUCCCCAAAUGGUUUUGCUCACCUUGAUUUUUUGUUGUUGUUGUUGUGGUUUUAUUGUUUUUGUAUAAUGUGUACAGUUUAUGUUAAGGGCAUUAAGGCCUCCUGAAACAUAAUCUUAUCAAAGGGAUUCAUUGUUAAUAAAAUGUACUUAAAAUUCUUAAA